CCGCUGGGACACGUCGACAGCGGCUAAGCGGAAUGUGCUGAAAUGCACAACAGAGAGACGUUUCGUACAGAGAGAAGCGAAUAUAGUUUCCAGUUGAGAUCAGGUGGUGGUUCUGCUCAAUCAUUUUGAUUGACUAACAAGGACAAACUGGGCAGAGGGGCAAACAUCUGCACGCUGCCCCGGUUCUCCGGUGGUCCUGCCCAGUCCGUAUUAGUCGGGCCUGACUGACAGGCGUGAAGAACUCUGGCCAAAGCUGGCCAAUUACAAUUACAAGCUAGAGGCACAGGAUGUAAAAUGAGACAUUACAUGUGGGAAAUAGGGGAGGUGCACGGAGGAUGGAAAAACGAGAAGCCAGGAGAGCAUAAAGAAGAAAAUAAAGUAGGACAAAUAACAGGGAAAUAAGAACAACUAAAAUGUGAAGGACUGUGCAGUUGUUGAGAUCUCCACCUUGCCAGCUGAUCAGAUCAUUGGGCUGCGGCCAUGGACCUGAAAGAGCGCCGACACCGCACGUUGACCCACGGCCGAUGUGGGAAAGACUUCCAGUUCACCACCUCCACCCUGGACCACGACGAGCGCCGCGUACCCACCCAGAAAUCGUACAGCUCCAGCGAGACACUCAAGGCUUUUGAUCACGACUCGCGCCUUCAUUACGGCGGAUGUGUGACUGACCUUGUGCAUCAUGAAGUGGAUGAGUUUACCAGACAAGGAGGGAACUUUACUUUAGCCGAGUUGGGCAUUUGCGAACCGACCCCUCAUCAGAACGCAUACUGUCCAGACCUCGGCCUCCUGCAACGCGGUUACUCUUUAAGCGCCGGCUCCGAUGUGGACUCCGACCCGGAGGGCCCUAUCUCACCAGAGCGAGCCAUCCAGCUGUGGGAGGGCCACGGCAUCAAAUCCCGCCGCAGUUCUGGCCUUUCCAGCAGAGAGAACUCCGCCCUCACCCUGACAGACUCUGAGAACGAGAACAAGUCUGAUGACGAAUCAGCAUACCUAGAUGAUGAUAUGGAUGAUAUUGACGACCCCUUUGGUGAUAUUCCAUUCAGUCGUCCCCUCCCUCCCUCCACUGCCUCCUCCAGCCUCCUACCCCCUGCACCUUCUCCACCUCCUGCCCCCCUUCAUCCAGCCCCACCUACCAUAAGGGAGUGUCAGGUGCCCCUGCUGGACAGCAGCUCCUCCCACACCAUGCUGGAGCCCCACCCAGAGGACCAAAUCUCCCCCAACUCAUACCUGCUCCGGGCUCAGCCGUCCACCGGAGCUCCAAACCAUCACAGUCAGUCAACCCUGCGGCCACCCAUCCCUCCACCACACAACCACCACACGCUGUCUCACCACCAGUCCUCUGCUAACUCCUUGAACCGCAACAUGCUGGGCGGCAACACACUGUGUGGUCGACGCAACCACAUUCACGUCCCUCCGACUGCCCCGGGCGAUGGACCCACCACACCCGAGUCAGUGCAGCUGCAGGACAGCUGGGUGCUCAACAGCAACGUCCCUUUGGAGACCAGGCAUUUCCUGUUUAAGACGUCAUCAGGGACCACGCCCCUCUUUAGCAGCUCAUCACCGGGAUACCCCCUGACCUCCGGCACAGUAUAUUCGCCCCCGCCGCGGCUCUUACCCCGAAACACCUUCUCCAGAAGUGCCUUCAAGCUGAAGAAACCCUCCAAGUACUGCAGCUGGAAAUGCGCCGCCCUGUCGGCGAUCGCCGCCGCCGCCCUGCUGGCCAUUCUGCUGUCAUACUUCAUUGCCAUGAAUCUGUUGGGGCUAAACUGGCAGCUGAAACCAGUGGUUGGUCCCUUGCUCAACAACGGCUUGGGGGCCGGGCUGCCCAGCAACAGUGACGUAGCAACAGCGCCCUCUGGAGGUAGAGGGCCCUGGGCAGCUCGCAACAGCAGCAUAGAUACGGGAAGUUUGGAGGUGGGCAGACGUGUGACCCAAGAGGUGCCACCGGGGGUGUUUUGGAGGUCUCUGCUGCAUCUCAACCAGCCUCAGUUUCUCAAGUUCAACAUCUCCUUGGGCAAGGAUGCCCUGUUUGGGGUAUACAUCCGCAAAGGACUGCCUCCGUCCCAUGCACAGUAUGACUAUAUGGAGCGUCUGGAUGGAAAGGAGAAAUGGAGUGUAGUGGAGUCUCCUCGUGAGAGGCGCAGUAUUCAGACUGUGGUUCUGAAUGAGGCGAUAUUUGUGCAGUAUCUGGACCCUGGCACAUGGCAUCUGGCUUUUUACAAUGACGGCAAGGAGAAGGAAUCGGUCUCUUUUAGCACAGCUGUACUGGACUCUGUGCAGGAGUGUCCCCGAAACUGUCAUGGUAACGGAGAGUGUGUGUCAGGAGUGUGUCACUGUUUCCCUGGUUUCCAUGGAAUGGACUGCUCGAAAGCGGCGUGUCCGGUGCUCUGCAGUGGAAACGGUCAGUAUGAUAAGGGAUCGUGUAUCUGCUAUAGUGGAUGGAAAGGUCCAGAAUGUGAUGUUCCCGUCAGCCAGUGCAUCGACCCGCAGUGUGGUGGUCAUGGCACGUGCACAGAGGGCACGUGUGUCUGCUCUCUGGGCUACAAAGGAGAGAGCUGCGCUGAGGUUGACUGCCUGGAUCCGACCUGCUCCAAUAACGGGAUCUGUGUGAAUGGAGAGUGCCACUGUAAGCCGGGCUGGGGCGGACCCAAUUGUGAGCUGCCCAGAGCUCAGUGCCCGGAUCAGUGCCACGGUCAUGGGGCUUUUAUCCCGGACACGGGCCUAUGUAGCUGUGACCCCAACUGGAUGGGCCCUGACUGUUCUGUUGAGGUGUGCUCGGUCGACUGCGGGACGCAUGGCGUGUGCAUGGGCGGUUCGUGCCGUUGUGAGGAGGGAUGGACGGGAGCAGCGUGCGACCAGCGCGUGUGUAACCCGCUCUGCGUGAAGCACGGCACCUGUAAGGAUGGAAAGUGCGAGUGCGAGCAGGGCUGGAACGGAGAACACUGCACCAUCGACUUGUGGGAUGGGAGUAUUGAAGAUGGCUGUCCUAACCGCUGUAAUGGAAACGGCCAGUGUCUGCAGGGUCAGAACAGCUGGCACUGCGAGUGCAAAACUGGAUGGAGAGGCACCGGCUGCAACGUUGCCAUGGAGACUUCAUGUGCUGACAACAAAGACAAUGAAGGCGAUGGUUUAACUGACUGUAUGGAUCCAGACUGCUGUAUCCAAAGCCCAUGCCAGAACAGUCCACUCUGUAAAGGGUCCAGGGACCCCUUACAGGUCAUCCAGCAGGGCCAGCACCCCGAGCAGAAAGUCCGUUCCUUCUAUGACCGUGUUAAGAUGUUAGUGGGCCGGGACAGCACACACAUAAUACCUGCUGACAACCCUUUUAACGCAAGCCUGGCGUCGCUGAUCAGAGGUCAGGUGGUGACUACAGAUGGAACCCCACUUGUGGGAGUUAACGUUUCAUUUGUCAAAUACCCCCAGUAUGGCUACACCCUCACACGCCAGGACGGGACGUUUGACCUCAUUGCCAACGGUGGAGCCUCUCUCACCUUGCGCUUCGAGCGCGCUCCAUUUUUGAGCCAAGAGCGCACGGUGUGGCUGCCGUGGAACAUUUUCUACGCCAUGGACACUCUGAUGUUAAAGACUGAGGAGAACACGAUCCCCAGCUGUGACCUCAGCGGCUUCGUGCGGCCUGAUCCCGUGGUGGUGGCUUCACCCCUCUCCUCUUUCUUCAGUUCCAGCCCAGGAGAGAGAUCUAUCAUUCCAGAGACUCAGGUUCUACACGAGCAGAUUGAGAUUCCCGGCACCAGUCUGAAACUCUGUCACCUAAGCUCACGUACAGCAGGUUACCGUUCCUUGCUCAAGAUCACCAUGACCCAGGCCGUGGUGCCUCUCAGCCUGGUCAAAGUGCACCUGAUGGUUGCCGUGGAGGGUCACCUCUUCCAGAAGUGGUUCCAUGCGUCACCCAACCUUGCCUACACUUUCAUUUGGGACAAGACCGAUGCGUACGGCCAGCGUGUCUACGGUCUGUCUGAUGCAGUGGUCUCUGUGGGAUAUGAAUAUGAAUCAUGUCCCAGUCUGGUGCUGUGGGAGAAGAGGACGGCUAUGCUACAGGGCUAUGAGCUGGAACCUUCCAAUCUGGGCGGCUGGUCUCUGGACAAACACCAUAUACUCAACCUGCGCAGUGGCAUUCUUCAUAAGGGCAGUGGUGAGAACAUCUUUGUGUCCCAGCAGCCGCCCAUCAUCACGAGCGUCAUGGGUAACGGGCGUCGCCGCAGCAUCUCGUGCCCGAGCUGUAAUGGCCUGGCUGAUGGAAAUAAGCUGUUGGCACCUGUAGCCUUGGCAGCGGGCAUCGAUGGCAGCCUGUACGUCGGAGACUUGAAUUUCUUCCGUAGAGUUUAUCCCAAUCUCAAUACCACGCGCAUACUGGAACUUAGAAAUAAGGAUUUUCGACACAGUAACAACCCGACUCAUAAGUACUUCCUGUCUGUGGAUCCAGUCUCUGGUGCUCUGUUCAUCUCUGACACAAAUUCUCGGAGAAUCUACAAGGUGCGAUCGCUUACUGCGGGCAGACUGCUAGCAGACAAUGCAGAGGUGGUUGCGGGCACGGGAGAGCAAUGUCUGCCCUUCGACGAGAGGUGCGGCGACGGGGGCAAAGCCAUAGAAGCCACUCUCAUGAGCCCCAAAGGUAUUGCUGUGGAUAAGAAUGGGCUUAUGUACUUUGUGGAUGCCACCAUGAUCAGGAAGGUGGAUCAGAACGGCAUCAUCUCUACUCUGCUCGGAGCCAAUGACCUCACCGCCGUGCGUCCAUUGAGCUGUGACUCCAGCAUGGAUGUCAGUCAGGUGCGGUUAGAGUGGCCCACAGACUUGGCAGUAAACCCCAUGGACAACUCUCUGUACGUGCUAGAAAACAAUGUUAUCCUGCGCAUCACAGAAAACCACCAAGUCAGUGUCAUUGCUGGACGGCCCAUGCACUGCCAAGUGCCUGGCAUUGACUAUUCCCUCAGCAAACUGGCCAUCCACUCAGCCCUGGAGAGCGCCACGGCUAUUGCCAUCUCCCACACUGGUGUGCUUUACAUUUCCGAGACGGACGAAAAGAAGAUCAAUCGCGUACGGCAAGUUAGCACGAACGGAGAGAUGUCACUGCUGGCUGGCGCAGCAUCCGAAUGCGACUGCAAAAACGACGUUAACUGCAACUGCUUCGCAGGAGAUGAUGCUUACGCUACGGACGCCAGCCUCAACUCACCCAUGUCUUUGGCAGUCUCACCAGACGGCACGCUGUACAUCGCCGAUCUCAAUAACAUUCGAAUCCGCACCGUGCGUACAAACCAUCCCGGGCCUUCGGCGCUGGGGCGGUAUGAGGUCGCAUCACCUCAGGAACAAGAACUGUAUGUGUUUAAUGAGGAGGGUCUUCAUCUACAGACCAUCAGUUUAGUAACAGGUCUGCCGCUCUACAACUUCAGCUACGGCCCUGAUGGAGAGCUGUCCACGGUGGUGGAUAACUGCAAUAAUACCGUGAAGGUGCGAAGGGACGGAUCCGGGCAGGGUGGAGCGGGGUUGCUCAGACUCGUCCUGCAGCCUGAGAAUCAGGUGGUUACGCUGGGACUGGAUCCUGCAGGCAGUCUACGCUCUGUCUCUGCUCUUAACCAGGAAAUAGUUCUGCUGGGUUAUAAUGGUAACACUGGAUUAUUGGCCACCAAUGCUGAUGAGACGGGCUGGACAACAUUUUAUGAGUAUGACAGUGAAGGAAGACUAACCAAUGUGACAUACCCCACGGGAAUGGUUACAAGUCUGCACAGAGAGAUUGAAAAAUCCAUCAACAUUGACAUUGAAAGCUCUAACAGAGACGAUGAUGUCACGGUUAUCACUAAUCUUUCAUCAGUAGAAGCAUCUUAUACUGUUGUGCAAGAUCAAGUACGGAACAGUUACCAGCUGUGUAACAACGGCACGCUAAGAGUUAUGUACGCCAAUGGGAUGGGCAUCAGCUACCACACGGAGCCGCAUAUCCUGGCAGGAUCAGUGAGUCCCACCAUCGGCCGCAGGAACAUCACCCUACCCACCGACAACGGUCUAAAUUCUAUAGAGUGGAGGCUACGGAAAGAGAUCAGCAAGGGGAAGGUCACCGUGUUUGGAAGGAAACUACGCGCACACGGGCGCAACCUGCUGUCAAUAGACUUUGACAGGAACACAAGAACAGAGAAGAUCUACGACGACCACAGGAAGUUCACAUUGAGGAUCACGUACGAUGCGCAGGGCAGACCGGCGAUAUGGCAGCCCAGCAGCAGCCUCGCGGUGGUCAAUGUGUCGUAUUCCAGUACAGGCCAGCUGGUGGGUCUGCACAGAGGAAGUAUGAGUGAGAGAACAGAGUUUGAUACGCAGGGCCGAAUUCUCUCGCGAUCUUUUGUAGACGGAAAGGUGUGGAGCUACAGUUACCUGGACAAGUCCAUGGUGCUGCUCCUGCAGAGUCAGAGACAAUACAUCUUUGAGUUCGACGCAUCUAACCACAUCACAGCUGUCACCAUGCCCAGCGUUGCCCGUCACACCAUGUUCACGCACGUCUCCAUCGGCUACAUCCGCAACACCUAUAACCCACCAGAGAGCAAUGCGUCCAUCAUCUACGACUUCAGCGAGGAUGGACGCCCCCAGGCCACCUACUUCCUAGGUACCGGCCGUCGUGUUCUCUACAAGUACGGCAAGCUGGCCAAGCUAUCUGAGAUCUUGUACGACAGCACGGCGAUCACCUUCGGCUAUGACGAGACAGCCGGCGUGCUAAAAAUGGUCAACUUGCAGAGCGGCGGCUUCUCUUGCACUAUCCGGUAUCGUAAAAUGGGUCCGCUGAUCGACAAACAGAUCUACCGCUUCUCCGAGGAAGGUAUGGUCAACGCACGCUUCGACUACACUUACCACGACAACAGUUUCCGGAUCGCCAGCAUGAAGCCGGUGAUCAGCGAGACUCCGUUGCCUGUGGAUCUGUACCGCUACGAUGAGAUCUCCGGGAAAAUCGAGCACUUUGGAAAGUUCGGAGUCAUCUAUUAUGACAUCAAUCAGAUAAUCACCACAGCUGUGAUGACUCUCAGCAAGCAUUUCGACGCUCACGGACGUAUCAAGGAAGUGCAGUACGAGAUCUUCCGCUCUCUCAUGUACUGGAUGACGGUGCAAUAUGACAACAUGGGCAGAGUAAUCAAACGGGAGCUCAAGAUUGGGCCGUACGCCAACACCACACAGUAUCGCUACGAGUACGAUGGUGACGGACAACUCAGUGGCGUCAAGGUCAACGACUGGUCCACGUGGCGCUACAGCUACGACUUAAAUGGCAACCUCCAUCUGCUCAAUCCGGGUAACAGCGCCCGACUCAUGCCGCUCCGCUACGACCUCCGAGACCGCAUCACACGUCUAGGUGACGUGCAGUACCGUCUGGAUGAAGACGGCUACCUCAGCCAAAGGGGCGGCGAUGUCUUUGACUACAAUUCUAAAGGCCAGCUGGUGCGCGCUUACAGCCGCGUAGCCGGAGGAUGGAGUGUGCAGUAUCGUUACGAUGGACUCGGACGCAGAGUGUCUUCUAAGAACAGCCUGGGUCAACACCUCCAGUUCUUUUAUGCCGACCUGAACCACCCGAUUCGGGUCACGCAUGUGUUCAACCACUCCAGCUCGGAAAUCAGCUCUUUGUACUAUGACCUGCAGGGCCAUCUGUUUGCCAUGGAAGUAAGUAGUGGGGAAGAGUACUACAUAGCUUCUGACAACACGGGAACCCCGCUGGCUGUCUUUAGCAGCAACGGGCAAAUGAUCAAACAGGUGCAGUACACCGCUUAUGGGGAGGUGUACCAUGACUCCAACCCUGAAUUCCAGCUGGUCAUCGGCUUCCAUGGAGGACUUUAUGACUCCCUAACCAAGCUGGUGCAUUUCACACAGAGAGAUUACGAUGUUUUAGCAGCCAGGUGGACAUCCCCCGAUUAUACCAUGUGGCAGAAGAUUGGCAAAGAUUUGGCACCCUUUAACUUGUACAUGUUUAAGAACAACAACCCUCUCAGUGACAUGCUGGAUGUGAAGAAUUAUGUCACAGAUGUGAAGAGUUGGCUGGUGAUGUUUGGCUUCCAGCUCAGCAACAUCAUCCCAGGUUUUCCCAGACACACGCUUUAUUUUGUAGAUCCGCCAUAUGAGCUGCUUGCCAGUCAAGAAAGUGAAAAUGGGCAGUUGAUAACUGGAGUUCAGCAGGAAGCUGAACGGCAUAACCAAGCUUUCAUGGCUUUGGAGGGACAGCUUCUUGACAAGGAGCGCAGAAGCAAACAGGAAAAACCAGGCCACUGGUUUGGCACCAGCACCCCCAUCAUUGGAAGAGGAAUGAUGCUGGCGAUCAAAGAAAGCCGUGUGGUCACAGGGGUCUCGAGCAUGGCCAGCGAUGACAGCAGGAAGGUUGCUCUGGUGCUUAAUAAUGCCAUCUACUUAGACGGUACGCACUACACGCAGGACGGCUGUGACUGCCAUUUCUUUGUGAAGAUAGGCUCGCCCGACAGCGACCUCCUAGCUUUGGGACUCACCAACGGGCGUAAGGCGCUGGAAAGCGGACUCAACGUGACAGUCAGUGGUCGCUCGCGACGCGGGGUCACUGUUGAGUUCCGGGUUCCAGCACUGUCUCUGAGCUUGCGCUACGGGUUGGCGGCGGACGUGCUGGAUGAGGAGAGAGGCCGGCUGCUGGAGCUGGCACGGCAGCGGGCGCUGUCGGGUGCCUGGCUGCGAGAGCAGCAACGGGCGCGAGAUAAUAAAGAGGGAAGCCGCUUGUGGACUGAAGGAGAGAGACAGCAGCUUCUUUCAACGGGGAAAGUGCAGGGUUACGAUGGGUACUAUAUUUUACCCGUGGAACAGUAUCCUGAACUUGCUGACAGUAGUUUCAAUAUUCAGUUCCUGAGACAGAAUGAGAUGGGGAAAAGGUAACAGUCCAAAUCUUUCGUGGCCCCAUUUUUUUUCUUUGUCCUCUCGCUCUACUCUUCACCUCUAUCUUUACACUUUUUCUUUCACUAGCUCUGUCUUUUCAUUUUUCUUCACUUCUCUCUUUUCUCUUUUGUUUCCAUUAUCUCCUAUACCCACGGAGAUUUAUUGAACUAAUAAGGGAAACUCGCUGAAAGCUGCAGGGACUUAUAAAAGAAGAACUCUCAAAAACUUUGUCAAUACUGCCUGUGGCAAAAAAUAACAAUUUGAAAGACAUUGUCUUUGUUGUUGAACAAUGGAAGUCAAGAAAGCAGUGAUAGACUAAAAAACAGAAAGCAACUGUUGCUGAAAUAUGAAAAAUCCCCUUUUUAAAAAGGAAGAGAUAUUUUUACCCGUAUUUUUUGGGUUACCGGGAGGAUGUUGGUGCCAGAUGGUACCCUCGUAAUUGUACGUGUUCGGAUUGGAGCGAUGCUGCGAGUCUGCUGGAGAGGCCCAGUCUCAACUUCAGAACUGAAGAACAACAUCUGUUAAGAGAAAUAUCAGUCUCAGGCCUCACAUUCUUCAUAACUGAACUGUCAGUUGCCACAGCAGCAAGUCCCUUCAUUUACAAGCAAGAAAAUUGCAAGUUGAUGUGAUGAGAACACUGCAGUCAAACAUAGUUUGUUUUAUCACUGAUAGAAGAGUACUUACAUUGUAUCAGAUAACAGUGAAGUUCAGGGUGUGCUUUAGAUGCGAUAGUUUUGUAUGUCCCAGUCGCAUUAGUCACCAUGACCUUCACCAGGGCACUUCUGUAUAGAAAUAUCAGAAAAAACACAGAUUUUCAGAUCGAGCUGUUACUAGUGUCAUAAAUUAUUUAUUUUUACUUAGGUUAUUUUUAGGUUAUUUUUGUUUUUAUCAUUCAUAGUACUCUAUGACAAUCAUGAAGGAGUCGCCACUUUUAGCUACAAAGAAGAACGUUGAUGGUUGAGUUUAUUUUCCUUUGUAAAACAUGUGAUCAUUUUUGUAUUCAUUUUUAUUUGCUCCAAAGCAAAUUAUAGUCAUACACAGAAAUAAUUUAUGUAAAGGUGUUUUAAAAUGGUUUAUACUUUAAAUAAAGUUUAAAACUGUGAAACUUGUUUUUCAGAAAAUAUCUGUAUGUACAGUGUAUAGAUUUACCUUUAUGCAGCACAGUAGAAUAUUGUUCAUAAUAUCAACUUUUAUAUUUCUAACAGAAGGUGGCUUGUUAUGUGCAAAUCAGCAGCUGGUAUUAAAAUCACUAGAAUUUUGUGACACUCAAAUAUCACAUAUAAAUAAUAUCAAUACCCCGUUCGUUGUUCUGUUUGAUUGAUUUGUUUUGUUUUUAUGCAGAGAAAUUGCUGUACUAGAACCCAAAUCAUAGAAAUGGAUUCUUUCCACUGUGAAGAGACUCAUUAUGGAUGUCAUGAUGUACCAAAUCAGUAUUGAGGGAUGAUUCUUACUAAAGUGAGACUCUUCUGAGACCUUACCAAUAAAUAGUUUACUUCA